GGGAAUCUGGUCAUUUGGCUCCUUCACAUGUAAAUGAUGCAGUAUAGGUGAAAUAUCCCUUUAACUGGCUUCUAUGGAUCUGACGUGCAAAACAACAACUAAAGCCAGAGAGCGGCGGUGAGGAAGCUGACGGCGCCCCCUGGCAGUAAUGGGGCCUUUAUUUCUGUUUUUUCCUCCUGUGCUGCUGCUUUCUUUGUUGCCACAGCCUCGACCCUCACAGUCUUACUCACUGAAACACUGCACGAUCGCUGCCUCUGAAAACGCCUCGGCCGACGUUUCAGUCGACUGUUCAAACGGGAAACUCGUCGCCGUCCCGGACGAUAUUCCCAGACAUGUGACGACGUUAGCCCUCGACAACAACAAGCUCACCAGGAUCAACCAGACGGACUUCAGGUAUUUGUCAAGGCUCCGAGUUUUAACCCUGACGAUCAAUGACAUAUCUCAGGUAGAUGACGGGGCUUUUGUCCACCUGGUGGCGCUGCGUGAGCUCAGCAUGGCCGGUAACGACUUAGAAAACAUCACAGACAACAUGUUUAUCGGACUGUCCAACCUCUCAGUGCUGCAGCUGACAGGCAACAUAAUUGAAUUCAUUUCUCCCUCAGCCUUUGACUCUCUCCUGAGUUUACGGGUGGUGAUGCUCGACUCCAACUCCCUCUAUCGAAUGGCAGACAUCCUGCCGAUCUUACGGCUGCCAAACAUAGAGGAGUUAUACAUCCAAAAUAACGAGCUGACCACUUUUCAGUCGGCAGAUCUGCCGUUUAACACGUCCUCAAACCUGAGGGCGCUGAACAUAUUUCUAAAUCCACUAAAAAACUUCAGCGUCACAGCAGACGUCUUUCCACGCCUACAGUUUAUAGGCGUCUCCGGCGUCACGGCGGACUGGCAGUGGGAUGUCCCGGACCGGUCAUCGCUGAGCCGGCUGACCAUGCUGGCGGUUGGUGGGACUCAGCUGAGUUUUGCGGGAUACCGGUCGGUCCUGCAGAGCGCAGACUCGGUACAAGAUCUAACACUUUCCGACCUGAAGGAGUGGAUCGAUAAAGGGAUCUUGGAUAUCGCCUGCCAAAUUCCUGCACUUAGGACAUUUGUUCUGGGUCUGACUCAGGUCGAAUAUGUAGACGACAAAAUUCUGGCGUCUUGCUCUCAGCUGACCAGCUUGGAUCUGUCAAUAAACGGACUGACUAAACUGUACCGGGAUUCUCUGAGCUCAAUGAAGCAGCUGAGGAAUUUGAGGUUAACAUCAAACCACCUCUCAGAGACUCCAGCUGCUGUCAGAGUUCUCUCCAAACUGGAGGUCCUGGAUCUUGGUUUCAAUGACAUCGGUAAGCUCAGCUGCUCAGACUUCUUCAACUUAACACAUCUCGAAGAACUUUACCUGAACCACAACAACAUUGAUAAACUGAGUGAAUGUAUUUUCCAAAACCUGAAUAAUUUGAAAGUGCUAAGUCUUGCAGGAAAUUUUCUAAUUACCUGCGGAGAUGCUUUCAAGACGGGUUUACAGAAACUUGAAAGUUUGGAUUUAAGUGGGAAUUAUCUCAAGAAAAUCAGGAAUGGAGAUUUUAGAAGUUUGUCUUCGCUCAAGUCGUUGAAUUUGGAAUCAAACACUACUUUUGCAGAUGUGGACAAUGGGGCUUUUAAAGGACUGGACAAACUCUUAACACUCAGUCUCUCUUUAAAAACCCGGAGCUAUGAUGUCAUCACAGGACUGCAGCACUUGAGAAAUCUUUCCAUACGUAUUGAUUUUCCUCUUAAUACCACACCCACUGUGAGCCUCGGUGCACCGUUACCAUCUCUGAAAAGACUCAGAAUGUCGAGUCUCAGGAGGCAUUUUUUUGGGGUGGUUCAAGAUCUACUCGUCGGUCUGGAGUCUUUGGAGCACUGCGCUUUCGAAAAUUUCCACAUUAGCUUAUCAGACCCAGACACAUUUAAACAAACACCUCGCCUGAAGACUCUUAGGAUAGUACAGACUGAUCUGUCAGAUGUGAGCCCUGAACUCUUCUGGCAAAUCCCAAACCUGGAAGCUCUGGAUUUUUCUGACAGCAAACUCAAGUCCCUGGACUUCCUGGGCCAGGCCAACCUGAGCAGACUCACCUGGCUGAAAGUGAGUGAAAGCGAGCUGACGGUGAUCAAUGAGACUGUCUUCCGCUUCCUCCCUGCUCUAACAUACCUGGACAUGAUCGGGAACCCUUUCACUUGUGACUGCUCCAACUCUGGCUUUAGCUGGUGGAUACAGAACAACAAUCAGACACAGGUUGCUAACGGCCACCGAUACGCCUGCGCUUACCCUCUGAGCAAAAAGGGAUCCGAGUUUCUGAACUUUGACAUCCGUUCCUGCUGGUUGGACGCUAGCUUCCUCUGCUACAUCUGCACCGCCUCUCUGACUGUGCUGACUCUCCUCACAUCCUUCAUCUACCACUUCCUGAGGUGGCAGCUCGUCUACGCCUACUACCUCUUCCUCGCCUUCCUGUACGACAGCAGGAAGAGGAGGAAGGGACCACCUCACCACUACGAUGCUUUUGUCUCCUACAACGUUCAUGACGAGGCCUGGGUUUAUGGGGAGAUGCUGCCAGCGCUGGAGGGCGAGCAGGGCUGGAGACUCUGCCUGCACCACAGGGACUUCACACCAGGGAGGCCCAUCCUGGAGAACAUCACCGAGGCCAUCUACAGCAGCAGGAAGACCCUGUGUGUGAUCAGCCGGCACUACCUGCAGAGCGAGUGGUGCUCCAGAGAGAUCCAGAUGGCCAGCUUCCGCCUGUUUGACGAGCAGCAGGAUGUGCUGGUCCUGCUGUUUCUGGAGGAGAUCCCGGCCCACCAGCUGUCCCCGUACCACCGCAUGAGGAAGCUGCUGAGGAGACGCAGCUACCUGAGCUGGCCGCAGGGCGCCGCCCACAGCGCCCUCUUCUGGCACAACGUGGGCCGAGCCCUGCGGACGGACAGCCGCCCCGCCCCGCGCACACACCUGCUGCCCGGACCCUGAGCCCCGGGGCCGCCACCGCACCAGGAAUCAGUCUGGUGAUCUGGGUUUUGACGGUGUUAGGGCCGUGGAGCCAAAAAAACGUCAAGUUGUACAUUUUCUCACUUGGUGAACCACCUGUGCUGCCCCCUGCUGGCCGUGUCUCAGGCCUGCAGCUGAUCCCCUCAGCAGAUUCUACUCUGACAUGGGAUUCAGGAACAAGGAGAUCCUGCUGAUCUGAGCCCAGAAUCAGCAGAUUGUUUUCUUCUGAAUCGGACCGUCUCUCUUUUAAACACAAGAAGUCUCAUCUGACAUUUUAAAUAUCUCAUUUUAAUAUUAUACAGUUUUCCUGUAACUUUUUAAAAUCCCCAUGAAAUGACAUCAUCCCGCACUUGUGGCUGUAAAUGACAAAUAAACAAAUCUGUCAACAUCCUCUCUC